AUGGAGACUCCAAACGCGAUUGAUGCCUAUUUCAGCAGCUAUCCCAAGUUCAACUACGACCGGAAUAUUGCGGCAUGGGAAGAAUACCAUCGUAUGGUUCAGUUUUUUCGCUGGGAAAGGGACGAGAAAAGAGAAAAGAUCGCUAGGAGGUGUUUUCGGGUGGCAAUCGUGAAGCACUUCGCAGAAUUCGUCUCAGCCAUGUUAGAUAUAGGGCAUGUUCCUCAAACAGUCAAGUCUUGCAAAGAGGCGAUUGAGAAGGCGCAUGUCAAUAUCAUGGACUUUAUCGACUCUGGACGAACCGGUCACCCAGUCCCAAAGUUCGAGAGUGUGAAUAAACUUCGACGCUACACAAUUAAGACUGGAAAGAUAUUCCCUAAAAAGGAGGCCAAGAAAAGCUCAUUAUUGAGAUAUUUACUUCGAAGGAUUUUUGUGUAG